UUCAAACGUAAACAAACAAGUGCGCCGCCACGAUGUUAGUCAAAGGUGCUGCCCGCCAGCUGAAGCGAAUAACCAAGUUUGGCACGCAGAAGUGAAAUAAAUCGCCAACAUUUGUUAAAAUAAGUGUAGUGAAGUGUUUUGGCAACUAAAACUGCGAUGGAUCAUCCUCGGCCAUGUGGUUGCAAGGGCCGGCGAACGUGCCUAAGCUGCGAGGCCGAAUUCGGUAUCGCGCCAAUCGAUUUCUACAGCACAUUUCAGAAUAACGAUUCCUACGUGUACUGUCCACGCUGUAGCAAAAUCUACCCGGGAUGGGAUUGGGAAAAGGUGCUUGCGGAACAUUCCGAUACACCCCAGCACGGUGGCGUCCAGGGCGAAGACUAUCCGGGCGUGUACAUCGAUCUCGACUUCCUAACCACCACCGAGGAGGCAGAGCUGCUGCAAGGGCUAGACGAGCUACCGUGGGACGUCUCGCAGAGCGGUCGGCGGAAGCAGAACUUUGGUCCGAAAACAAACUUCAAAAAGACACGCCUCCGGCCGGCCCAGUUUGCCGGGUUUCCGCAGCUGAGCGAAUUUGUGCAGCGACGGUUCGAGCAGGUCCCACUGCUGGCCACUUUUCAAACGAUCGAGCAAUGUUCGCUGGAGUAUUGUCCCGAGCGUGGAGCUUCGAUCGAUCCGCACAUUGACGAUUGCUGGAUUUGGGGCGAGCGGAUCGUGACGGUAAAUUUGCUGAGCGAUUCCGUGCUGACGAUGUCACCGUACCGAGGGGAGGAGGGAAAGACAAAGUAUAAUCUACACUUUCUGGAGCAAUACAGGGAGCAUCUGCUCGGGGAGCUGAAGGAUGAGGAGGCACUGGCCGGUUACGAGAAUCGGAUCGUACGGAUACCGAUGCCAAGGCGCUCACUGUUGGUCCUGUACGGACCUCCGCGCUACCAGUGGGAACAUUCCGUUCUGCGGGAGGACAUUACAGAGCGCCGUGUCUGCCUAGCGUAUCGCGAAUUUACACCCAUGUACUUGCAAGGUGGCAGUGAAUUCGGUCAAAGUGAAGAGAUUUUCGAGCGAGCGAAGCAAUUUUGGGACCACCGGACAGUUAAGGUUGAAAGCUAGCCUGUCUUAAAGCAGAAUUUCGGAAGCUGGGAUGAUUUUUGAGUAAUGUUUUUGAAUUAGACCAUCCAACUGCAAAAGAAAGCAGAUGUAAAACUCAUCUUUUAAAUCUAAAUUACUCAGCAAAUUUGUAAAUUAUACCGAUCGAAAGAAAGUAUUGCACCGGUCAAACAAAUAAUGGUUCCAAUUUGUGUAAACUGUGUCACGCUAUUCGGAAUGUGCCCAUCUAUGUUUCGGAAACAUGAAAACGCAUGGCUAAAAUAUGUGCUCAAUUCAGUGAUAUACACAACGAAUGUGUUUGAAUUUUUAAAAUCAUCGCUCGCGUAUCAUUCAUUACGAUAGUAAAUUGUUAUUUUAUUCAUAACCAAGUCAUCGACCUUCGCCUCGUCCACUGACACGCAUCGCGGCUAUCGGAUACGAAAAAAACCAUUUCGCAUUAUUUAGCAUACGUUAAGCAAAGGGGUUUUGAGUUUUUCGAAAAUUAAAAUUUGCUUACUUUCGGUGAAUAAACCCAAGGACAACUAAAAUUCUAAAAAUAUUGGUGAUAUUACCAUUUUUUUUUUCAAACAAUUUAGUAACGCUUAUUUCUUUCUUGCUUUCAUCUUUUCAUGAAAAAACCCGUUCCGUCGUAAAAUUGAUUUCAAUAUUUUAUUAAUUUAAACGUUUUAACACAUUAAAUAAUAAACAAGGUAAUAUGCAAUGGUCUGCCAGCUUAUAGUGGAUAUAUUAACAUGCGCGUUCUUUUGCUAUUUCUCUAUGCAAACCUGGUAGCUUAAAUAGUUGCCGUUAGUAAUGAGUAGAGUAUGCAGAACGGAACUCUGUUGGCUGGUUUGAUUGGUUAGGAGGAAGAGAUUUGCUUUUCAGUAAGGAGCAGUAGUAGUAGUAAUAGUAGUAGCAGUAGUAGUACAUAUUAGUUAGAGUAGCUAUAGUGUAUUGACAGUUUCCUACAAGCUGCACGCAACCGGUUACGAUCUACGUUUACGCGGGGUUGUUGUUUCACGUUUCCCCUUGCUUCUUCUAGCUCUCCGUUUUGUUUCGACAUACAUCAUCAUCACAUUUAAACUCUAUAAGCUUGCUUAUUUUUCCAAUAUGGAACAACGUUACAUUCUUCAAAGAACAUGAUACCUUUGCGCAAACCAAAAACCGCAAAACGGUGCCACUAAACGCAUGCACGGGAUGAGCGUGUUUCUUGUUUGCCCGGUACGGAUCGGCUGGGGACAUCUUAUUUUCCCAAUCGUGAUCGUUUGGUUCGGUUGGUUCCGCUCACAUUGUAUCGCUGUUCUUUGCGGCGAGGGUUCAGUCUUUUAAUGAUCAUCCCGUAGAUCCCCCUUUCCUCCUUCCUUACAUAUCCUCAUCUAUCCCUGUCCGUUUCCCCCACACAUUGCGACU